GCUAAAGGUUAGUGUUACAAAUAACUUGCACAUACAGCAGUUUACGCGAAAUCAACUCGGGGAAAUCUAAUUGUUUUACCACUGACCACCGUGGACUUGCGGAGCAUUCCAGCACCGGCACAAUGCCGGUGAAUCCUUUUACUAUGGAUGCUGCCCUUGUAGGGGGCGGCAUCUUCCAUGUACUCUCGCGCAAGCUGCUCCUUUGGAAACUGCUCUGGGACAAGAACUGCCGAGGAGUUAGCUUGAUCACACAAGAAUUAUACCUCAUAAUCUAUAUAUUCCGCUACCUAGACCUCCUGUACCUCUAUGUCUCUCUUACGGACACGAUCGUCAAAGUGUUCCACCUCGUCGUCGCCCUCACUAUCGUGCUGGUUAUGCGCUACUCAGUUGCUUCCCAAAGCUACGAUGCGGACCUCGACACCUUCCCUCGCGCGGCUCUGAUAGCGCCCUGCUUGGUCUUGGCGUUUUUCCUCAACCGUGUGAAACUCAUCAUCGAGAUAUGCCACUCCUUCAGCAUCUAUCUCGAAGUUCUGGCGCUACUACCGCAGUUUGUACUCCUCUACAAGCGGCAGGUCUACGAGAAUUGGGUUUUGGUCUUCACGGUGCUGUGCGGCUCCGAGCGGCUGUUGCAAGGCAUCUCGGUUGUGACCGAUUGGCAGGAGGCUUACAAGGAGGACCCGUACGCCGUGCUGGCCGACAUGGUUCACGCGGUUGUGUUCCUGGUGGGCCUCGCGGUGGUGCUGCUGCAGCGCUUCCAGACCAAGAAGCAGCAGGGACUUAACGAGUCGGGCGCGCCGCUGCCCAACUUUGACGAGGUGUGGGACGCCAGCAAGUUCAAGUUUGAGGACCAGGAGGCGGUGCGGGACGGCUCUUCAUCGGUGCAGGUCGCCCUGAUUGGAGGGAAGUAGGCUUCCUAUGAGACGAUGAAGGAGAUUGCAGAGGAGAGAGCGGGAAGAUGGCGGUAGUUACUAUUAGGGUUAGGCAGGGGAGUUGCAGAAGGAGCUGGAAUGGCUAUGGUUGAUGACGGUCGCUGUUAGGUACGGGACACCGGUAGCUUGCCUGCGGCACAAGGGUGCCGUGCCCUGCCUACGCGCAGCCGUGUGUUGCGAUGGCGGACGAGUCUUUUCCUGAUCGGCGGCUCCUGUGUUAGCAGGCGUCAUGAAUGAGGGUGGUAAGGAGGGUGGGGCAUGUUGGGUGGCGGGGAGGUUACCGGUAUCCUAGAGUUAGUACCGGUAUUAGAUUAGUGCAUGAUGGCCUGUGUGUGUGAGCGCAUUGGCCAUUUAGCUGACCCGGAGGAGCAUGGGAACGGUAUCAGGGUCGAGUAGCACCUCCCUUUGUCCACCGAGAUAAACUUGAUGGAGCGCACCUGUUCCCUCCUGCAUGGACGCGUGACACGCUAACACCGACAGAGAGGGCAGGGAGGAUCGGUGGCAGGCAGCACCAGUCAGUGGCAUGGCUGCAACACAACAAGGGCUGACAACUCGACAUGCUGUAUAGGUUUAGAUGGCCUGAUGGCUGAUGGUUUACCGGUAGGUAGGUGGUGCAAGUACUUGAAGGUGGU